AUGUUCCGAACACUUUCUUUGUCUCAUCAUCACUUCUUUUAAUUGUUCGUCAAUGUGUAAUCGUGCUGCGCCUUUGAAAAUUUAUUAAAUCCCCUUUUAAGUGCUUUAAAAGUCAAUUUUAUAGUCUUUAAUCUAAGCUAGAAGAUUAGAGAAAUUCGCAAAAAUGGCUACAAUUGCCAAAAAUGUUUGUAUUAAGUCGCUAGAAGUUAACGAAUUUAUUGUAAUUAAAGACCAUCCCUAUAGAAUUUUGGAUAUGAUUGAGAAUGGCGAAAAUGAAAUAUUUCUUACUGCUAUGAAUCUUUUUACGGGGAAAUUUGUGGAGCGUUUCGUCAAUGCGAGAGAACGCUUUGAUGUGCCAAAUGUCUUUUUUGUACCGUACAAGUUGGCGUAUAUCAAUCCUGCCGGACGAUGCACCAUUCUGAAUCCUCAAGGAAAUGUAAAAGGAGGCUUGAAAAUCCCCAACAAUAACAUGGGGAAGCGGCUGAAGAAGGAAUUUUUUAAGUAUCAAGCAGAAGGAGGUACCAAUUUUGAAUUUAACAACUACUUCGAAGUUACAUUGGUUACGGCAGUAGGACAAAUGUGCGUCUGUGACUUUAGAAUUAGGGAUCCCAGAGAAGACGUCGAUACUUCAUUUCUCGACUAUACAGCGGCAUCAAGCGAGGAAGCACCUGAUGAACCAUCCGUGGACGUAUCCGAGGAUGAUCCUGAUGAUACCCUCAGGGAUGCACCUGAUAUACUACUGGAGGAUGAACCUGAGGAUGUAGCCGAGCAACUCCCACCGGAUGAACCCGAACAUAUGGCUGAAGAUGAACCAGAGGAAGCAGCUGAGCAGCAACCAGAGGAUAUAGCUGAGCAGCAACCAGAGGAUAUAGCUGAGCAGCAACCUGAGGAUAUAGCUGAGCAGCAACCAGAGGAUAUAGCUGAGCAGCAACCAGAGAAUAUAGCUGAGGAUGAACCCGAUAAUUCAUCCGAUGAUAUAACUGACUACCAAGCCGAGGAUAUAGUCGAGUAUCGCUCCGACGAUAUUUCAUAAUGCACGCACGUUUGUCCUCGUUAUUGAAAUAAAAAGUCUCAUGGGCAGUUUCAUUUAAAAAAAAAAAGCUCAUUCCACAUAUCAUGAGGACGUGCACCGACGCCCCUUUUUUGCCAUUCUAAAGAGGUGAGAGAUAGUAGUAUUGUUAAGUAAAUAAAGUCUACUAAAUGACUGUAUGUUUUUCACACAUUAAUGCAUCACAUUCGUUUAUUUUGCCGAUGUCACCCUGAGACCAUAAACAGUGCAUGCUCAUAGAAUUAUCUUUAUGCUCCACAUAACAUUAUUGUAGGUAUAUAGAUUGUAACCAUUGACAGGGGUGUGUCACCCUUAAAAAUAAUUCAAGAAAAAUGUAUUCAAAAACACGAAACAAAUUAUGUAAAAUUGAAUUGAACUGAAUGGUUUUCAAAAUAAUUAAUUAAAUGAUUUUACAAUAUUUCA